AUGACCCCUCUCAUCUUCCUUUUCUUGGGUGUGCUUCAACUUUUACCUUCAUGCUCUGUGAAGGCUGUGUGUGAAGAUGUUGGCCCUCUGACAACACUUAAAGAAAUAAAGGAAGAAAUAGCAGGCUACCAAGAUGUUGCCAAGGCCAUUAUAGAUCUUGCUGUAUGUGGCAAGGCCCAGAACAGAUCCUAUGAGAGACUGGCACUUUUGGUUGACACCGUUGGACACAGACUGAGUGGUUCCAAAAACCUAGAAAAGGCCAUCCAAAUUAUGUACCAGAAACUCAUAGAGGAUGGUUUGGAGAACGUCCACCUGGAACCUGUCAAAGUGCCCCACUGGGAAAGGGGUCAGGAGUCUGCUGUGAUGCUGGAACCCAGAAACCACCCAAUGGCCAUUUUAGGACUUGGGACUAGUGUGGGAACCCCACCAGAAGGAAUUACAGCUGAAGUCCUGGUGGUGUCCUCUUUUGAGGAGCUGCAGAGAAGGGCCCCUGAAGCAAGAGGAAAGAUUGUUGUUUAUAACCAGCCUUACAAAGGUUAUGGAGAAACUGUACAGUACAGAGUUCAAGGGGCAGUAGAAGCAGCAAAAGUGGGUGCAGUGGCCUCCCUCAUCAGAUCAGUUGCUUCUUUUUCAAUCUAUAGCCCUCACACAGGAAUUCAGUCCUACCAGGAUGGUGUGCCUAAGAUCCCAACAGCCUGCAUCACUGUGGAGGAUGCAGAGAUGAUGGCAAGAAUGGCUUCUCGGGGGACUAAAAUUGUCAUCCAAUUAAAGAUGGAAGCAAAGAACUACCCAGACACAGAAUCCUUCAAUACUGUAGCUGAGAUCACUGGAAGCAAGUAUCCAGAACAGGUUGUCCUGGUCAGUGGACAUUUGGACAGCUGGGAUGUUGGGCAGGGAGCCCUUGAUGAUGGCAGUGGAGCAUUUAUAUCAUGGGAAGCACUGUCUCUUAUUAAAGAUCUAGGAAAACUGAGGCCUAAAAAAAAUUUAAGGGACUUGACUCUGUGGCAAGCCCAGCAAGUUUAAGGCUUGGGUGCCUUUGAGCUCUGUAACCUGCUGAGAGUCAACAUCUCUAACUUCAGCCUGGUAAUGGAGUCUGACUUGGGCAAUUUCAUGCCCACAGGUGUAGGAUUUACUGGAAGCGAUAAAGCCCGGGCUAUUAUAAAGGAAGUCAUGAACCUGCUACAACCCAUAAAUGUCACCCAAGUUUUGGGGAAUGGAGAGGGAACUGACAUUAACUACUGGAUCCAAGCUGGAGUACCUGGUGCCAGUCUAAUGGACGACCUAAAUCAGUAUUUCUCUUUCCAUCAUUCCCAAGGAGAUACCAUGACAGCACUGGAUCCCACACAAAUGAAUUACUCAGCUGCCGUUUGGGCUGUUGUCUCCUAUGUCAUUGCUGAUCUGGAUGAGAUGUUGCCGAGGUAAUCAAAAGAACAAAGAAGAAGGCACAUUCUUUCCAGAAUCCAGCAUUCUACAUUGGAAGGAGGCUUCUUUUCUACCCAAAAGGUUGAUUUGGUUCUUGUACCUUGACCUCAACAAACACCUGCUCCUUCUGAUAGAAUGUUUCUUAACUCUUUCCUAAUUCUCAGAUUUUAGUAGCAUGUCUAAGAAUGUUUAUUGCCAGUAUUGUUGUUCAAUUAUAAAAUUUUCUUACAGUUAUAAGGAAAACUGUUUCUUUGCUGAGAGUAAAUC